AUGGAUGUACAGAACGACAUACAAAAUGUCAAAAAAUUAGAUUGGACUAACACAAAAGUCAUUUUAGGAUUAUCAUUGUACUUAAUAGGAUUAUUUUACUUAAUAGCAGGCAUAAAACCGAUUUUAGAUGGCAUGGCAGAAAAAAGAGAAUUUCUUAAUUUAGGUUUCUUGGCUUUAAUCAUCUUCUUUAUGAUGGCUGCAUUUAAAAUGAAGAAAAACAGCCAUUAUUAUCUUUGGGCAUCAGCGUUUGGGCUGGUUUUAUACUCAGAGACAAUGUACUGGUUUUAUGAAGACAUUGUAUUUUAA